UUGUUCUCUGUCUCUCUGAAAUCAAAGCCUUCGUGGUCAUGAAAGCUUAGCUAGCUUCUACAAACACCCAGACCACUCUCCCUUGUCUGGCAGAUGGAUUCAGUUGAAGGAAAUAACCAUGGCGAUUGUACUGAGGAUGACUCUGCUGACCGUUCUUUUUCUCCAGAAGCUUCGGAUAGAAAUGGUGUGGAUGGUGAUCCUGAGAUACUUCCUAGAGUAGGAGAAGAGUACCAAGUUGAACUUUCCCCUCUAAUGGCUGUAUCUGAUUAUCUUUGCUGUCUAGAGAAUCAAACUGAUGCAGAAAGCACAGACAGUAGUUCAUACAGAUUUCUGGUCGGGUUGCCAAUUCCAGUUAUGUGGAUCAGUGAGGAAGUUAUGUGUGAAAAAGAUGAACCUUGUGCGGGUUAUAAGAAUGCAGUUGUCAUGACCCAUAAAAAUGAGUCUUUAAAAUCUGAAUAUGGCAGUAAUUUGGUGGCGUCGGAAAGGAAUAGCUCCAAAUGCAAAGCUGAGCCCAUGGAUAUUGAUUCACAUCAAGGAAUAAGUUUCAAUGAGUCUGCAAAGUUUAAUGUGAAACAGGAUAUGAUAAUGCCUGAAAAUCAAAAUGGAUGUCCAGUUCCUGGUACCUCAAGUAUUAGUUGGAGUCACAUAGAAGAAGCCAGUUUUCUUCUUGGUUUAUAUAUCUUCGGGAAGGACCUUGUGCUGGUAAUGAAAUUCGUUGGUACUAAACAGAUGGGUGAUGUAUUAUCAUUCUACUAUGGGACCUUUUACGGGUCUAAAAGCUACAGCAGGUGGUCUGAAUGCAAGAAAAUGAGAAGCAGAAAAUGUGUAUUUGGACAAAGAAUAUUUACAGGAUUCAGGCAUCAUGAGUUAUUAUCUCGUUUGCAUCCUCAUGUGUCAGAAGAGUGCCAAAGUACUUUACUUGAGGUCUCAAAGACAUUCGGGGAAGGAAAGAUAUUACUAGAAGAAUAUGUAUUCAUUCUAAAAUCUAAAGUUGGAUUGGAUGCUCUUGUGGAAGCAGUGGCAAUUGGUAAAGGGAGGAAAGAUCUCACAGGCAUUUCCAUGGAGACCCCAAAGUCCAAUCAGGUUGUUAGUCGCAGAGAAAUACCAGUUGGGAAAGCAUGCUCUGCUCUCUCGCCCUUGGAAAUAGUUGGCUUUCUGACAGGGAAUUUCCGGCUCAGUAAAGCUCGCUCAAAUGACCUCUUCUGGGAAGCUGUUUGGCCACGUUUGCUUGCUAGAGGGUGGCAUUCUGAGCAGCCAAGACAGGAUCGCUUUGCUACUGCUUCCAAGAAUUCAUUGGUUUUUCUUCUUCCUGGGAUUAAGAAAUUUUCCAGAAGGAAACUGGUGAAGGGCAGUCACUAUUUUGACUCGGUAAGUGACGUGCUCAGCAAAGUUGCUUCUGACCCAGAGCUCCUUGAGCUUGAGACUGGAGCAGAUAAAGGUUCCACGAGCAAGGAUGAAAAUGGGUGGGCAAAUGACACAAAGCCUGAGCAACGUCACUGUUAUUUGAAACCUCGUACCCCUACUCGUGGCACAGACACUAUGAUGAAGUUCACUGUUGUGGACACGAGUCUGGCCUAUGGGAAAACAUGCAAGGUUAGGGAACUGAGACGCUUACCAGUUGAGUUGAAUACCUCCAUCUCCAUCUCAAGUAGUGAUUCUGAAAAUGGGGAUGAUGCUUCUGAUGAAUUGCCAGAGAUAUCUAACUCUGUGGAUACCUCGUGUUCCCAUAGAAAUGAGGUCAAUGUUUCCAAGAACGUAAACACCAGUUUGGGUAGAAAAGAAAUAAGAGAUGUCAAAUAUACUGAUUAUGAUGCUUCAGAGUGGGGGCAUCAAGAUUUUGGUCGACAUGAGACUAAUGUGGAUAAAAAGCUUCGAAAGGAGCAGAUCAUUGAUAUUUGCGAUUACAUGGUGCCUAGAAGAGAAAUGAAAUUCGAAAGGAGCCAGAAAGUGGUACACAAAAAUAAAAAUGGUAAGGUUCCUGUUUCAAAAAAACGUCAGCAGUUAGCUACUUGUAGUAGCAAAAAGAGCAGCAGUAGCAGCAGCCACAUCUCGCCAGGUCCCAUGUUACAACAAGAGGCCUGCAACUUUGGACACAAUUCUGAAGUUGGCGAGAAAAACCACUCUGCAGUGGAACCAUCGCCUGGGAGGUUAUCAUCCAACAUUACUACAUCUAGAGGAGGUAGCCCAGUGAUUAGUAGUGAAGCUGUUCCUAGUAGCAACAAUGUGAGUGCAGGAAAACCUCAUCAUUGGCCUCAAUUUGACCUGAACGAGGAACCGAGUUGUCUAGAUGAUGAAAGUGAUGAGCCUAUGAUGGAAAGACAACAUGAUGGAACAACCCAGGAACCAGGUUGUUUAAAAUCAGUGGAAACCUCUGAAUGCAUGGCUGCUUUCGAGCAACAGCCUGCAGGUAAUACCCGGAGACAGAGCACAAGAAAUCGUCCGCUGACUGCUAAGGUACUGGAAGCUUUUGCUUGUGGAUUUUUAGACACAAAGCAAACGCGAAAGAGUAGGGAUGAAUUUCCUCGGGAAAAAUCCAAAUCCAGACGCUCUCAUGCUAGGGUGCGAGUUCCAGACAGUUUUGAUACUAGUGUCGUGGAUUGUAAUAUGCAGGAAACCAGCACUGCUGUCUACAGUAAUAAUGCUGAUGGAUACAGUGAGCUUGACAUGGUUUCCCAACUGGGUUAGGCGCUGAUUAGUCUACUUGUGACUAGAGCUAGGAGCUUCUGGAUGUUAACAGAGAGCACUGCUUUCGCCUGCUAAACCCAAGAUAUACAGAAAAGUUAGUAGCAGCCACUUCAUUCUUGUGCAUUGUAUAUGUCAUGGAUGCAAACUUCACAUAAGUGGGGGCGGAGGUUGGAGUAGCGGCUUUGCAAGAGGCCAACCACAUCGGCCAAAGCACCUCUGGCGAUGCGGAAGUGAGAUGACAGUACAAAGUUACUCAUCAUUCAAAUCUCAGCUUAACAGCAAUUGAUAGAUUAUAGAAGUUUUAGUCUGUCUUUGUAAAACUUGUUUUUGAAGUGGUGGUGUUCUAGGUAUUAAUUGUAGUACCGACUUAUAUUGUGAAAGGAAGUGUGGGAGCUGUUGCAUUGAAUUUCUGCACAGUUGAUACACUUGGAUAAGUAUAACCGUGUAAUUCGUUUUACAUCUGUAUCAUGCCAUUUUAGCUGAUUAUGUUUCAACUGAAGCCAAGAGUUUCAAGUUGUCUUGUUAGUUGUCAUAGUUUAGUGCCUUACUGCCUUUCUGGUUAUAAAUAAUGUCUCACAGCAUGUGCUUUUCUAGUAGUGUUCAUGUCCUAAUUUGUUCUCUAUGCGCAGAAAAAUU